GAAUAUCGCUUCAAAAUGACCGAAGCUGGCAUCGGUUCCAUUGUUGCUAUAACCGCAGCUGUAUCUCCUGUUGUUCUAGCGCAUGGAGUACCUGCUUCAGUGAAUGAUUCUCUUUUGAAAUCUCAACACCGGCGUGACGAAAAAAAAGCACUGGAACGCAUUCGAAUGCGCAAAAUUAAUGAUGCAUAUGAUAGGCUCCGAGGGCUAAUACCUGUAAGGCCAGAGGCUAAACAGAAAUUUUCAAAACUUGAAACCCUGUUGUUUGCAAGGGACUACAUCGAGGCACUAAACAAAACACUGCACAAUGAACCUCGAUCAGCCACUGCACUAAACUCCGGCGAAUCGCACAUCAACAAACGCGGUCUUAAACGUAAACUUGAUGACCCGUUUAUCAGAGCAUUGAACUCUCGCACACGGCAAGAAACAACAACAGAGUUAACGCACCGGCAAUGA